AGUGUCCAAAAGUGUCCAAAAGUGUCCAAAAGUGGACAAAAGUGGACAAAAGUGGACAAAAGUGGACAAAAGUGGACAAAAGUGGACAAAAAUGGACAAAAGUGAACAAAAGUGGGCAGAAUGUGUCCAAAAUUAAGUACAAUUGUGCAAAAGGGGAUUGACAAGCAAACACUUUUAAACCCUACAUCAUGAUAUUUCUUUACCAAAUCUAGAUGUGAACCAGCAAAUAGAAUCAGUAAUCAAUAAAAUCUAAGCUUUCUUCAAACACAUAAAUAUGAAGUAACAACUAGCCUUUUCACUAACGUUUUUAAUUUCCAAGAUAUACACUUAACGAAAUUCGUUAUCUUGAUACAAUACAGCUUUAUAAAGUCAAAACAAAUAUCUUUAAUAUAUUUUGAAUGUUAAUAAGUCAAAGCCACACUAUAAUCAGGGCAUUUGGUGGCUGGGUAAUUUUAACAAAGAUUAAAAAAAAUAAUUUUAAAAAAGCUUAGGAGCUGAAUAUCAAAUAUCCAAUAAUACUUCUCAUAUUUGUAAUAUACAUAACAUAUUUAUAAGGAGUGCAUGAAUUACACUUUUAUAAUACAUCUAAAAACUAAGAUGUAUGUUUCUUUAAGAAACAUUGGGAAUCUCAUUUCCUGACAUCAAGCGCAUCUUUAAAAGUUAAAAAUAUGCCUAACAAUGUCUCAAUUAACUUACUUAUGGAAGAAAAACCAUAAGUAUAGGAAAAUAUGUCAUUAUUAGAUUUUAGCAAUUCGUAAGAAAUUCAAUUUUUAAUAUUAGUACUUUUUAAGAAGAAAUCCCAAAUGACUGAUGAUUUUAAGUAAAACAUUUUUGCAAAAAGUUAAUAAUGUUGAAUAAAUGAAGCCAGAUAACCAGAAUAUAAUGUUUAGCUAUUUCAGUUUUUGAAUCCUUUGCAACAGCUGCAUUCUACUAGAGGGAGACUUUGUUCCCUGCUUGCUUUCUAAUCUAACGUAAGAAAAAAAGAGUUAAGAACCUGUCUUUCAAAUACCUUUUUUGGGUAUGUUAGAGGUAUAUGGCAAAGGUUUUAAAGACUUAUCUUGCUCUUGGAACCAUCAAUGAGCAAUUUUUGAAGUAGAGGAUAGGUUUCAUACAGAAUAUCCUUUAUAUUUGUAGUUUUAAAGGUUCGUAUUUUUGUCCACUUUUGUCCACUUUUGGACACUUUUGUCCACUUUUGUCCACCCUUAUUUUUGGACACUUUUGGACACUUUUGGACAGGGGUGGACAAAAGUGUCCAAAAAUGAAAUGCCCACCCUGAUCUCAAAGCAUGGUAUAGAAUACUAGAGAUUGAAUGAAUUAGCCCUCUUCUGGUAAUUCAUUCAUUACCACCGAACCAGAAUGCUAGCCCAUUUGCUCUGUGAAGAGUUAUGUUUUGUUAAAGCUUACUUUACAGCUGUCGGAACCCUGAGACGAUUCCGAGUUACAAGCCCGUCUUGGGCCGAGGGCGGUUACAUCGAAGGUAGGGCAGUGAGAAAAAUAGACCAAAGAGAAUCUUGAAAUGUAUCACUUCCGUUUCCGACGAGCCACAUGUCGCACGGAAAAACCCUCACCUCUGUCUUACGAGUAAGUCAUUUCUUUUACUUAUACAUUCCGAUCUAUCAUAUCCAUCAAUACUAGUUAGGCUUAAUCAUGGUCCUUCGAGCCGGAUGUUAAGAGCCCGCAAUUGAAAGUAAAGCCGUAACUGGAGUUGAUUGAGAUUUUGUUGGAUUUUGAAAUCUAGCGAGGUUUUUCCCAUCCUCACAUGUCACUACUUCAAGCUGUUUGUGCCUCUUAAGAUAGCCCUAACCCUUUUCUAUCUCUGACUUGGAGGUUAUCCUAAGAGCGUGGAAACAAUCUCAAGACCGGACACAAGAAAGUUCGUGAGGGAGAAGGUUUUGAAAAGGGUUUAAGGAUUUUCUCGCUGAUCGGGCGAAGUCAAGGCACUUGAUGCGCAAAGUCCAGUUAAGCUUGAUUGGCGGUCGAGAGCUCACUAAACUGGCUUAAGUUAUAUUUGUGCGAUGGGAAAGACCUUGCUCCAAACGCGAGCAAUGAAGACUUUAUGUAGGACAAAUCGAGCUAAGAAACGGAAGAAGAGUUACUUCUUCGUUUUUAGUUCCGUACGUUGAAAGAUGGCAGAGACUAGUUUCCUAUCGGGCCCACUCGAGCCGAUGGAAGACCAAACCUCUCAACCCGACGCCAUUUCAGGCCGGGAAGAAAUGGAUGACCAUUCACCUGAUGAAAAUGUCGACAUCGGAAUGGUUGAAGCCAACGCCAUGACUGCUCCUCUUUCCGCUGAACUCACUGCUUUUCAAGCAGAACUAGAGUUGGUUGGGCCACGUUGGAACGUAGCGUUGACGCAAGAUUAUCCGGAAGCCACUGCUGACCAAAUUUCGGCCCUGAUGGGAGGCAAACUCCAACAAGCUAUAAAACUCAUCCCGACCAGACGAAAAGCGGAGAAACGGUUUGAAAACGAUUGCCAAGUGCUCGAACAACUUCAUGUCAAAUUUUCGAAAGUGUUGUUGGACUUUCACUCCAAAAGCAUUGACGAUGAAAGCGCGAGAAUUGAGCAUUUAAGGCUAGACGUUUCGCGGAGGAUCUGAUGAACACUCUCCUCCCAGCCCUUGAAAGCUCGUAUCACCAGGUGGCAGAUGCUUGGUUUAAACCUGAAAUCGACCCUCUCACUGAACAAUUGGACGCCAUUACAAGUAAAAUGAAGGACAUGGUCGCUUUGUUUGAAUACGAAGCGUCAAUCCGUCCGGUAUAUCAAACAGAUGGACACAGCGCCCAAGUCACCGACCACAUGACCAAUCCGCGCGAUUGCAAGACUGUCAUGCAGUUCGAUGCAUUCAAACUGAUUUCUUCCUUUGACGGCAACGUAAAUGAUCCAGACGUGCUACUGAAAUUCUCAAAUUGGAAGAGCUCGGGGGGCAAUUUGGUUGAGGAGAUGAAAACUCUUCGUGGGUUCAACACGACCGUGCUUUUCCAGAAAUUAAAAGAUUGCUUGAAAGACAAUGCAUUAAUCGUGGUCGAUAAAUAUUCGUGUGAAUAUAUAUAUUUCCUAACCGGAGGAUGAGAGAGGUUGCGCUAUCAUAUUUCAAGUGUACCGUGUCAUCACGUCUUCAUAGCUACUCAACUAGUCAGCCGGCGUCAUUACGCGUGGAAUCGUCCUAGUAAUAAGACGUGUGAGAACAACGUGGAAUUUCCGUGAACGAAAUCGUUGGAUAUCCACAGCAUCGGGCUUUGCCAUCAACCGUGAUUGCCGAGCAUGCCUAAACGAGGCCAACUUGAGUCAAUUGGAGGCGAUGUUCCAUCAAAUUCGUUUGGGGCGUGGAAGUCGUCCCUUCGGACUUCAACGAAAUCGGCGCUCACGGCUGGAAGGAGUGGGUCUGAGCCACCACAUGUGGGGAAAGGAAAAUCCGGAACCUCCAACAAAGGAAAGGGCCCCUCGCGCCGCCGAGUACAUCAUGCCCCAGACGACAUCCCAAAUUACGUUGAGCACUCUGACGAGCUUGAAGAUAUGGCUAUCCGUUCCCAUGACGGAAGUGAGAGUUCAGACGACGAAUUUCAUGGGUUCCACGAGGUCGAAUCUCGGGACACUUGCACACAAGCACAAGUUUUCAGCCACAAGCCUUCAGUCCCUCCAAAAAAAACGGGAGAAGAGGACGUCAAUGCCGGCAAGAAAGGCCAAGAACGCCAAUGGACAUGGGCGUUUUGAAGAUUUCCCGCAUUUGGAAUCGAGCCCCCUUCUGUCGCAAUCAGACUCGUCCAUCAGUGAUCAAUCCGAUUCUGACGACAAGUGGGACGAAUUCGGUGGGAACGAUUGGGGGAAAGGAGCGGUUUCAAAUAAGAAACGAAGAUGCCCGCCCCCCGCGGGUUACUGGAUUGGGAAAGGCGCGGAGCCAGCACACGUCGGGAAGAUUUCGGGAUCGCGCGAAAAAUUUGCUGACCAGAAGUUGAAGGCAUUGGAGGAUGUGAGGCGAAUUGAAGUUCAAUGUCCUGGCCGAAUUGCCACUGCCCGAUAUGCCACGUCCCACAUCUUGAUGGGAUUUCAACUGCGCGAAGUGCGGAGGCUAUGGUGCAACCUUGACUUAGCAAGGGCGAAAGGACGUCAGUUUUAGUAUUAGUCGGCGUAUUAGUCGACACCUUGGGGCAGCACUUCAGGUGGGCAUCGAUGCGGCUCGCCACGAGGUGGCCAUGGCUGAAAUUCUGGAGACUCAUGGGCUAGAAGUCAUGGAGGGAAUUGAAGGCCGAAGGACGAGCGAUCCGCGUUACUCCGAUCGAACGGAUUAUGUGUUACGACAGAUCAAAAAGGCUAAGGUUGAAGAGGUCCUUUUGGCAUCGCGCGCACAGAAAGCGCCCACUGUUUUUUCGCCCCCGAGAACCCGGUACAGUUGGUACGACAAUCAAAAAGAAAUAUGCCCGAGGCUGGAGAGCUGGGGCUCAUGUACAAGCUACGGGACGACGGUCAGCAAUGGGGAAAUGCUAUACUUGCGCAUCUCCCCUUCACAUUGCGAAGGAUUGCCCCAAAAAGAAUCAAGCCAAAUGAAUAGCCACCUC